AUGGAGUUGCAGACAGAGUGCACGGAUCCCAUAUCGACCCCUCCGUGCGACCCCCAGCCCACCGGGAAGAUCAACAAAGCUGCCUUCAAGCUCUUCGGAAAGCGACGGCCCGGCUCCGGAAUGGCUAGCUUCUUCUCCUUCCGGAACAAAGGGGCUACGCAAAGCAGGACCAAUGGGCAUUCUGACACUGGCAAUUCUGUGAAUGGGAAUAGUUCAAUGUCAUCAGUCGAGCUGGUGAGAAGCAAAACCCACGAUGGACUCAUGGGGUCCAGCAACGACGCUGAUGGACAGAGAGGUGAGGUACUGUCAGCUCUGGAGACGGGAACAGUGAGGUCUCUCAGUAAAUCGUUAAGUUUCUUCUCUUUUUUGCGACGCGGGAGUCUUAGGUCAAAUGAAAACGGUGCUGGACUUGUGCGAAGAGGGAGGGGAUUGAAGGGCUUUUUCAGUAGCAUCCGCUGGCGACGUAAGGAUAAAACGAUCGAGGGAGAUGGGGUCGAACCGGAACACCGGAAGGAGAAAGAUGUGGAUGUUGCAGAGGACGUCACCCUCACUCUUGAACCAACACCACAUUAUCUCCAGGAGGAUUCUGGGAAGACCGAUGCAGAAUGUAAUCUUCAAGCUGCUGAGGCUCACACUACAAGUGUUUCUUUGACACCCUCACACUGUGUGGCCAUGCCAGGCCCAUCUGGUGAGCCAGAUUCACCCUCUCCCUUCACACCCAAUGACUCCCCUUUGCACCCUGCCACCAGCAAAGCCAAAACCUCAGUGUCCAGCCUCACCACUCCUCCUCUGGAGUACUGUAGCACAGGCGACCCGCCCUCGGAACCCUCGGUGGACCGCCUUUGCUCCCUUCUCUUCAACGAUGUCACAUCCCUCAAGAGCUUUGAUUCACUCACUGGCUGCGGGGACAUUAUUGCUGACGCAGAUGAGGAGACGGCGGGAAAUGGGGGCAGCGCUACUAGUAGCAGCAGCAGUGGUGGCGGCGGUGGGGGAAUGGGGAAUGUAGUGGGAUCAGGUGUCGGCAGGCCGCUUGCCGUCACCUGCGCCGCAACUCGUGCCUCCCCAUCGAAAGUCCCGCUAUCUUCCAAGUUGGCACAACCCUUAUUCACCGCAUCUUCUGGCACGGCUUCACUUCCUGCCCAUGCCCGAGUGCCCUCCAGCCCUCAACCACCGGCAGCGGGUAGCGGAGUGGUCGCCUAUAUGGGUGGCGGAGAGGAAAUGGCCAGUCCAGAGGGAGUAGACGAUGCUGACAUGCAGGGACUUUGGCAUAUGCUACCUUCAACCAGAGAUAACUCUCCCGCUUUACCCCGAUCACGUCAACCCUCUUGCACCACUCCCACCUCCAGCUACCCGCUUCGCACCCUCAACUCCAGCUGUCACCAACCUUCAACCAAUGCAUGUUCGGAUCUUAAGAUGCAGCAGGUGAAAUCUUUGGGCCUCAGUAAAAUUCCAGUCGUUGGCAGCGCGGGAAAUCGAGCUACCAAAACUCCCUUAACUCAGGGUCGUUAUCCAGCAUCACCAGGAGAUAAAGAACCGCUCAGUGACGAAGGCUAUUGGGAUACACCAUCUGCGACACCCACAGCAACACCUGAGGAAAGUGGGCUUCGGCAUAAACACAAUAUGUCACGUGAUAGUUGCUCUGGAGACCACCUGUAUGAUCUAUACGAUGAGGACCAAAACAGUUCUUCUUCCUUGUCGACCGAAUACAAACUCAGCCCUCCUUCUUCCUCCUCCUCCUCUUCAUUCCGGUCAAUGAAAGGUAGCGCCAGUCUUCCCCGGGAAUCCAAGAUCCCAGUAAGCACCAAACAAACGACACCGCCUCAAUCUGCGAGCCAGUCAGCACUCUCAUCCGUCCUGGAGGCUGAAUCGUUGCCACCAAAGACCCAAGCUCCUCCUCCGGCUCGCACCAGAAUCCCUGUAUCCAAGGUACCCGUGCGUCGCUCAGGAACCAAACCAGGCCCCACAACCAGAGCUUCCAAGAAGUAG